UAGACUCUAUUUUUUCCAAUUCCACCACUAUAAAAAAAGCCUACAUGUAGCUUCUCUAAUUUCCUCCUCCUUCAUCUUCUUCACUUUCCCAAUUAAGCAACUCAAACCCUAGAAGAAAAACAAUGAACAGAAAAGGAAAAGGAAAAGGAAGAAAGAAGAAGGCAUCAAUGGUGAAAAAACCACCAUGGUUAGAACUACCAGAAGGUAUAUGGGGGAAUAUAUUAUACAGGCUUAGUGCUAUAGAAAUACUGCUUUAUGCACAGAUGGUUUGCACUUUGCACUACGUGGAGGCGAAUAUGCAAGGAACCUUUAAUGUGGCGAGUCAUUAACAUGUCAAAUUAUGAGCACCUAUCUUAUAUUGGUUACUACAUACAGAAAAUGUGCCUUCAUUGCGUUGAUCGUAGUCAAGGUGAAUUAGUUGAUAUCAAUUUGUUGUACUUUGCCAAUGGUCAGUCACUUCAGUACAUAGCACAAAGAUCAGGAAAAUUGAAAAGACUUAGUAUUGCAUGUUGCCACAGUAUGCUAUGUGACGGCUUGGUUGAAGCAGUUCAAAAGCUCCCAUUGCUAGAAGAGCUGAGUCUGACACACACUAUUAUCACAACAGAAGGCAUUGAAUCUCUUGGACGCUCUUGCCCAUUGUUGAAGUCGUUUGAAUUGAAUAACUCAUUAUAUGAUUACUUUGAUAAUGAAGAUGCAAGAAAUGAAGAGGCCCUAGCUAUUGCUAAAAACCUGCCUGCCUUGCACCACCUUCAACUCAUUGGAAACAGUAUGACAAAUAAAGGCCUCGAAGCUAUUCUUGAUGGUUGUCCUCAUCUUGUAUCACUUGACCUGCGGCUGUGCAUAUAUGUUAGCCUCAACGAAGUCUUGAGCAGUAGAAUUUCUGGACAGAUUAAAGAUGUGAAGCACCCUCAUGACUCUCUCGCAGGUCUUGAAUUUUCAUUUACGGCUUACGGGGAAGAUGAUGAUGAAGAUGACAUGUCAUCUGAGGAUGAUGAAGAUUACACGUCAUCUGAGGAGGAUGAAGAUGACACGUCAGCGGAGGAUGAUGAAGAUGCCAUGUCAUCGGAGGAUGAUGAAGCUGCCAUGUCUAAUGAUUACUGACUACUAGCCGUCAUGUUUCUAGCGUUAGCCUCAUUCCGGAAGUUGCGGGCUUUUUGGUCAUUGGAUUAUGAACAGUUCUUCAGGUGUCUGCAGCGAUAAUAUAGGCAAUAUUUUGUUUUAUGAUACCCUCGUCUUCUUGUAUUGAUAUUUUCGUUGAAGAUCUCCUUGGGACUAAGUUCCAAAGGAAAUCAGCAUGUAAUGACUGUAGUGUUAUUAUAUAAAUAUAUAUCCUUUUUGCCAAGAAAAACAAGAAAAACGUUUUAUCAUUAUUGACUUAUUAGUAUG